AGGAAAUGGGGAUGUGCGCCGGCGCGGUCAUUCUAGGGAAGUGUCGCGUCAGUGGUGUUGUGGGCUGGAGGGUAUAAGGAGGAGAUGGCCUGGGUAUGGAGGAAGUGUGCUGCGCUGAUCAUCAAACGGCAAUAUGGUCGCUAGGCUUGGGUUGUUGCUCUUCGGAGCCCUUGUUCAGGGUGCGGUUGCUGCGAAUGGACCGUACGCUCAAUGCGGUGGCACAGGCUACACUGGCGAGACAACUUGUCCUUCUGGGUAUACUUGCAAAGUUCAGAAUGAAUGGUACUACCAAUGCGUCCCAGGGACAGCCGCCAGCUCGGCAGUCUCCUCUGCACGAACAAGCUCAAGCUCUGCGGUUAGCACGAAGCCUUCGACCACGCUGGUGACGUCUUCUACAAAGUCAGCAUCAACAUCGGCUUCCGCGUCCGCAUCUGCAUCUGCAUCAGCAUCUGCCACCUCGGGCGCUGGUGUAAAGUGCACUGGAACUUUCACACCGGUCUCUGCCAGUGCCUUCGUCAAGAACAUAAAUCCUGGGUGGAAUUUGGGGAAUACAUUGGAUGCGGUUGAAGACGAGGGUGAUUGGAACAACCCGAAAGUCACGGCAGACACUUUUGACGAUAUCAAGGCUGCCGGUUUCAAGGGUGUUCGACUACCCGUGACAUGGGCUUACCACUUCACUACCGGCUCACCGAGCUGGGACGUAGAUCCGGCGUGGCUACAGCGUGUCUCCGACGUGACCGACAUGAUCACCACUCGAGGCUUCUACACAAUCGUCAACGUCCACCACGAUAGCUGGGUCUGGGCCGACGUUACUGCCGCUGGGGCAAAUCUCACCAUGAUCGAAGAGAAGUUCUACAGACUCUGGUACCAGAUCGGGACGAAGCUUGCGUGCAAGGGGAGCCAGGUUGCGUUCGAGCCGAUCAACGAGCCUCCGGGCACUACAGCUGCGCACGCGGAUGAGAUCAACAAAUUGAACACCAUUUUCCUGCAGGCUAUUAGCGAUGCUGGUGGGUUCAACGCGCAGAGAGUUGUAACCCUGGUGGGGGCCGGUGAGGAUUCCAUCAAGACGAGCCAAUGGUUUAAACGGCCAGAUGCGAAGUUCAAAAAUCCAUGGGCUAUUCAGUACCAUUACUACAGUCCAUAUGAUUUCAUCUUCUCUGCGUGGGGCAAGACGAUCUGGGGCUCGGACGCUGAUAAGGCCGCCCUCGAUGCUGACUUCGCGGCUAUCCGCAACAACUUCACCGACGUUCCCCUCAUCAUCGGCGAAUGGGAUGCCAGUUACACGAACACCGAGACAGCAGCGCGCUGGAAGUACUUCGAUUUCCUCAUCCGCACAGCCAACAAAUACAACACUGCAACUGUCCUGUGGGAUAAUGGCCUGGACCAAUUUGACAGAAUAAACCACGUCUGGCGGGAUCCCACUGUUCUCAGUAUCUUGACCAACACCACAGCGGGUACAACAAACAGCUUGCCAGAUAGCACGACCGACGGUUCUGUGACAACGCAGUUCUCCUCUGCGUACGCUUACCACAAGGCUGGAGAUGCAGUCACAGACGUAGUGCUGCCAUACCUGUUCAACGGCAACACUGUCUCCAGCAUCAAGAACGCUAAAACAGGGGCUGUUUUGACGAAGGGGGCUGACUACUCCACCAAUUCCUCCGCGAUAAUCCUUACCUCUGCGUUUGUCAAGACGGUCAUCACAUCGAGCACUGCAACUGGCUCGCUCGCAAAUCUCACAGUAACUUUCUCCUCUGGUGCCCCUAACACCAUCGAGGUCGUUCAAUACGCCACACCGGUCCUUGGAUCUACUACUGCGAAAUUGCCCGCUACAUCAGCCGACCUCCCCAUUCCAAUCACAUGGAAGGGACAGAGCCGCCCUGCAGCUGUCAAAGCCAUCAAGAGCGACGGAGGCAUUCUGAUCGACGACUGGACCCAGUAUCUCGGACCGUUGCAGCAAGGACGCAUGACGUACUCUGGGCAGUGGGACUGGGAUGCGAACAAUGUCAUCUUGAAGGCAACGGUGCUGGAUGCGGUGAGAAGCGCAGGAAAGACGACUACAUUUACGUUCGAGUUCUACCCACGCGAGCCAACAAAUGUCGCCAAUUUCACGUUGACGGUGUGAGGGUGGAUCUCGCUCACAGUUGAGAUUUGGGGCGUCGUAUCCUUCCUCUGUAAAGACAUUAAACUUUAGACAAGCGCUAGACCUAAAUAUAUGGAUUUGAAACUCGUUCU